UCUAACUGGCAAGAUAGAAAUAGACCUAAUAUUCUAGCUAGGUCCGUUUCAAGUUCGUACGAUACUCUAGCUGGCUAGCGGUACCAUACCGUAUGAUACGCGAUGACACCGAGAGAGGAUUGUGAGAAGCGACGAAAAUGGCCCUUAGGGAUGGGGAUAUAAUUACGGUACCGCUAUGCCAGGUCCCGGUCCCCAAAGAUCCCGAGCAUCACUUUGUUUUCCCCUUUUCCACGGAAGUGCAUGCUUUGACGACGACGUUCCUCCGCCCCCCCUAUUGUCCAAACUCAUGGUUCACUGACGCCCGAGACGAUGAUGAGAUCCUUUCUGCUGCUGCUCUUGACGGUGGUGCCACAAGUGGUACCAGCUCUUCGCGGUGCCGCCUGUUCCAAUGAAUUUGAUGCUUGCCAUGUUGAGACAGACUGUUGUAAGGGUUUCUCCUGUAUCAUAUUGGAACAAGAUGAGUAUGUCAUCCGGAGCAAUUGCUUGUCGAAACGAUCCGCUCAAUUGGAAGCUCUGCCAAGAGACCAAAAAAUUGAGUUGUUGGUUGAGUUCUACGACACUGUGCCCGAUGUAGCAAAACGAAAAUCCAGAGAACAAGUAGAGAAAUUUGUCGAUGACCACGUUCGGUCGUUUUCCCGCAUUGUCUGGUGGCUCGAACGCCACUACAAAAUACCAGUAGCCACCAUGAAGUAUAUAGAAGCACCAGAGUUGUAG